GUUGUUAUGAGAUAUUUUCAUUUCUUGCAAUAAUUGCAAUAUAAUCGGAAGUGAAUAAUUAAAAGGCUUUUUCUGGUUGCAAUUUUCCGAAAACAUGAUAACCUGGAUGAUUUAGAUAAUCAAUACGCAUGUGAUAACACAUUCGCCGUAUGUUAAUGUUGAGCGGCCUUCUGCUUUUCAGAAAACGGCGAAACCUAGAUUGGUUAGGGGGAAAGACAUCAGAUCUUUAGAAAAUAUUUAUUUGUUUGUGAAGAUUUAGAAGCAAAAGGAGCUAGAUUGAAUAUAAAGAAAAGACAUGGGAGACUCGGCGGACUCUGAUGUCGAGGAGAACCUGGGUAUACUACAGCCUACAAUCUUGGAGCACAUCAAAAAAAUCCUUAGGGAGUAUCGGAACGAUGUUCAAAUCAUAAAGGAACUUGUCCAGAAUGCCGAUGAUGCCGGGGCGUCCGAGAUGAAGAUACUGUACCAAGGGAAAUGUAUCAACCCGGAAGUGGACGGGGAAACCAAAUUCAGGAAAUUUCUUAGGGCACCGGCAUUGGUAUUUUACAAUGACGCUGUAUUUUCUGAGAAAGAUUGGAAAGGUGUCAGGUCGAUCUACACCAGUGAAAAAGCUCACGAUCCACUAAAAAUUGGACGGUUCGGUCUGGGCUUCAAGUCCGUAUUCCACAUGACAGACUACCCGACUAUCUUGAGUGGCGACAAGAUUAUGUUUAUCAACCCGAAAGAACAAGAUCAAAAUAAGGUUUGUACUACGAUAAAUUUAAAGAAACUAAAACGGUCUAAAAACCUUAAGGUGUCCGACUUUUUAAAAGUUUUUGAAAACACUUUCGACUUUAAAGAAGAAAUUUUAGAAGAUGGUGAAUAUCCUGCAACAAUUUUCUGGUUUCCACUGAGACAGAAGACGUCUCAAUUAUCAGACACCAUUUACUCCCAAUCAGAAGUUAUAGAGUUGCUAGAUUCAUUUAUCGAAGAAUCGGACAAAAACAUUUUGUUUGCUAAAACUGUAAGCAAAAUACAAGUGUUUAUAGAGAGGUCAGAAGUUGAAGAAAUGAAUGGAACACAAGAAGGUUGCAUGGACGAGUUAAAUGAGUCAAAGCAGCAUUUGUAUAAAGCUAGCGUUUGGAAUCAGGCGGCAGUAUACACAGUUGAGAUAAAUAAUGAAAAUGGAAAUCUGAAAGCGGAAAGGAGGAAGCUGAAUGAAAAGUUACAAACAAUGGGAAAGUCAGUUCCUGAUACCACAGAACAUUGGACCACUGAUGCUGUUGUCACAAGUACGAAAAUACUGAACAACGGAGAAACGAAGGAGUCUAAAUCAAGAUGGCUUAUUGUGAAUUAUCUUAAGGGAGGCGAAUUGUCCGAUCAUAUACAGAUGCUGUUGAAAGAUGAAAAUUUAUGUUAUCACCAUUUUGUUGGAUUAGCCGCCCGAAUAAAAGAGGAAGACACGGAAGAGUAUACUACAGAUACAGGUCGUGUGUUUUGUUACCAACCUCUUCCUCAAGAGAAUCACACAGGUCUUCCCAUAUACAUAAACGCCUUAUUUGCUUUAGGGAAUAACAGGCGGCAGAUAAAAUGGGAAGAUAAAGAUAGUUUCGGUAUGCAUACUGACAAGGAAAUAGAAUGGAAUCACGCAUUAGUCUCAGAAAUACUGCCAUUUGGAUAUCAUUUACUCUUCCAGGAAAUGAUCAAUCGAAGUAAGAGGAAUGACAACAAAAAGCAUUGUGUGGCAUCUGUUUACAGCAUUGUUCCAGACAUUCAAAACACAGACGAAAGAUGGAUCGAGCUGGGGAAGAAAUUCCUGCAGCAAGCCGGAAAGGACAAACAGUUCUUUACAAGGAACGAGGGUGGUCAUUGGUUACCUGCAAGUGAAAUUACUUUACUGUCUGAAGAUGAAACGUGUGUUGACACAAUAACCAAACUGCUGACUGAAGAACAGAUGAAUUUUGCCAUAAUUCCGAGAAAUGUAAUUGCUUCGUUACCGCAUCUAACAGAAAAAAUCAACCAAAUUUCUCCAGAGUUUCUAGGCAACCAUAUGCUUAGUAAUACAAGCUACAUGGAGUUGUCUUGCCAGCAAAAGGAACAUCUCCUACAAUAUAUUACAUCUGAAUCAUUUCCCGACAUGAUUUUGAACAACUUGGAACUUCUUCCGCUUGCGGAUGGAUCAUUUACUUUCUUUGAAGGUACGGAAACGAUUUUCCUGGAACACGCGGAGGUGCUGGAGUUAUUCCCUGGAAUGCUGUCCAAGUUUGUUUCCACAAAUCUUCUUCCAGAGACAUCUGUCAUCAUACAGAAGGUCGCUGAUGCAGGAACACAUCGAAUCAAAUCUCUCGAUGCGGAAAGUGCAGCUCAUAUGCUUGAUUCAGUUCUGACGGAAAACCUAGGAACAGGAACGUUAUUGACUCUACACAUGUCGGACGUAUCAAAAUGGAAACAGUGGCUAGAAAAUGUGUGGAAAUUCAUACAAUUUAGAUAUAGAGAGUCGAUAUCUGUUUUUGCAUCAUUACCAAUGUUUCCAUUCAGUGUUAAACCAAACUGGGAAACUGCGAAUGAAAUUGAAUUGUGCAGCUUGUCAUCACUGAUGAUGUAUUUCCCUCAGUGUGAAGACCAGACAGAGGCCGAAAGUGUUAGUCAUGCAUUUGAGUUGUUAUCAAUAAACAUUGUGAGAAACGUUCCUGACUUUAUCAAUACUGCUUUGAUUGACACUUACAUUACUGAUGACAAAAGUUCGAAGCUAGUUCAGCUUUUUGAGCGUAUAGGCACAAAAGAGAUUGACAAAUUCAACACAAAUGUAGACGACAGUAGUCACAACAUUGCGCUUCUGACAUAUGUAUCAAAUAUACUUCACACGGAGUUGACACCACAGAGUUUAAACGUUCUGAAACAGAUACGCCUGUUUAAGCAAGUCAAGUCUACUUUUGACGAUGGAUUUGAUUUAGUAUCAAUCAAUGAAAACUAUACCCUGUGCCGAGGACAUCAGUUCCCGGUCAAAUUAUACAAGCCCAUGAUACUUAUAUCAUCGGAUACAGAGCUAACGCUAGCAGCUAAACUUGGCGCAGAAAUAUUAGAUGAGAAGCAGCUUAACAUAAGAACUCUACAGAAUUCAUUUCAUUAUACACCAGCCGAAAAACAAAGAUUUAUUCUAUGGUUGUUAAAACAACCUGGAAUGGUGGAAAACCGGGAGAUUAUUCAAACUGCUAAACGGAUAAAGUUUCUUCAGUCGGAAGAUGGGGAGUGGAAGGAACCGUCUGCUCUCUUUGAUCCAAAAGAUGAACUACUAACAAAGCUUUUCAAAAAUGAAGGUGUUUUUCCAAAGUUAUCUGGAAAUGAAGAUGAACUGAUUUUACAAGGUUUAAAGCAUUUAGGUCUGAAGACAAGAGCUGACAUAAAGCCGAUGGAUAUUACAAGAACAUCUGAGAAUAUCAAUAGAAGUUCAAGAGAAAAUAAAAACGAAAAUGUAAGAAAAGCUGAAGCGCUGCUUGAGUUCUUGAACGGCAACGAAGAGCUAAUUGAUCAAGCAUUUCUUUGCGACAAGCGCAUUAUUCCAAUUAAGCAUGUCGGUCCGGAUAAUUACCCAGAGUCCAUUAUGUUGAAAGCCCGCAGUUGUGACUGCCGUCUGGUUUUGCCAUCAGAAGUAAAGUCAUCACAAUAUAUACAUUUAAUAGGUUCAGUCUACUAUACAAUCGACUGUACAGUAGUACAAAACGUGGCAGACAAACUUGGAUGGACACAACCUCCAAAAGUUAACGAUGUCAUAACACAUUUUAAGAACGUGAUUGAUAGCUACAACGUCACAAAAAAAUCAGCGUGCCUACAGAUGAUUUCAAAAAUAUAUGAAUGGCUUGCAGAAUGUACACAACAAAGAGACGAUGUUGUUACACGAAUACUUCAGAACUUUCAGAAACCAAAUGAUCAGUUUAUUUGGAAUGGAGAUGAAUUUGUUUCUCCGGACGACAUAUAUAUAGACUCUUUAGAAGGGAAUUAUGAAGACUUGCAUCCAUUUAUGUCAAAACUUCCGACUGAAUUGCAACACUUAUCGGGGUUGUUUUCUGAUUUGGGUUGUGCCAGAUGUCCGAAUUCUAAUAUGUUUGUCAAAGCACUUGGCCGGAUAAAACUAGCAACUGAAGGUCAACAUGGAAACAGAAGGCAAACUUCAUUGCGUAAAAUGGCAAUUACAAUUUUAAAUAAGUUGAAAGAUGAUUAUCUGCAGGAAGUGAGCACAUCAGACUUAUUUUGUCCAGUUUACCAAAACAAUUCCUCUGACGUAGUGAUGAAACCUGUAAAUGAGUGCGUGUAUUUUGAAGCUGGUGAAUUCGACAAUUCGUUUUCUUUGACACGAAAUGCAGUGCCUAUCCAUCCAGAUGUACCGAUGCAAACAGCUAAAGCUAUUGGGGUUCCAAACCUUACACAAAAAAUGCUGUCAGAAUCAGACUUCUUUGAGAGUUGGGGGCAAGAAGAACCAUUAGUUAUGCGAAUUCGAAAUAUCAUAAAACAUGGGUAUGAAGAUGGCUUCACAGUUGUCAAGGAAUUGUUUCAGAACGCAGAUGAUGCCGGUGCAAGCCAGUGUUACAUUAUGUACGAUGAACGUGAAAACAACGAAGCAAGUACAACUUUAAUUAGCGAGCGUAUGUCGGAAUGUCAAGGACCGGCAUUUUGGGUGUACAAUGACGCCCUGUUUUCAGAACAGGAUUUUGUUAACAUAAGAAAACUUGGAAAAGGAACAAAACGCGACGAUGCAGAGAAAAUAGGGGAAUUUGGUCAAGGAUUUUGCGCUGUGUAUAAUCUAACAGAUGUCCCAAGUAUUUUGUCAGGUUCAAAUCUGAUUAUGUUUGAUCCUCAUACAACAUUUCUCGAGACAGCAUUGCCAAAGGGAAGCCCUGGUGUUCGUAUAGACCUUAAAGAACGAAAUGCGGAAGUACUUCGCACAUUUACUGAUCAAUUUAAACCAUAUGAAAAUGUAUUUGGAUGCAAAAUACUCUCUGAUCCAUCUCCAUAUUUCCACGGAACGUUAUUCCGACUACCACUGCGAACAAAAGAAAGUGAAAUAAGUGACACUGUCUAUACAAAAAGUGCAGCCAAACAUCUUAUGGACUCAGUAAUGAAAUUGGCUAGUAACUUGUUUCUUUUUAAUCAGAAUACAUUAUCAAUCAGAUUGUACCAUUUACCCAAAAGCGUUUCUGACCCAUCAGGAGCUAAGUUAGUGUUUGAAGUUGGAGCUCAUAAGCAAGGCGUUGCAGUUGUACCAGACACACAUCAGAGAAAAACGGUGCUACAUGAAGUCAAUAAACAGAAGAUUAAUAAGACAUUAGAGAGCAGACCUUUAAAACAGCUGCAGGAAGUAAACAUUACAACCAAAUGCUGGUUUGAAAAUGACAGAAAUGAAAGCAGUACAGUAAAAUGGCUGGUCUCCUGGGCAACUGGAACAGAUCCUGUCCUGUUAACGAAUACAUAUAGCAAACAUGCAUUACUACCUCUAGCCUCAGUCGCUAUACCUUUUGAAAGUUGCACACUUAACCCGGCACAGAAACAAAACAAGAGGUAUAGAUUAAUAGAUAUUGCAAGUUUGCCUUUUUUCUAUAACACCGGACACUUUUUUUGUUUUCUUCCAACUCCACAUAAACAUUCCUUUAAGUUUCACAUCAACGGAAAAUUUCAUUUGUCUGCGGAUCGGACGCGAUUGAAAAUUAAGUCGGACGACGUGCAAAAUACACAAGAAACGAAAUGGAAUGAAAAGCUUAUGUGCGAUCCUGUGAUAUCUGCCCUACUUUUUUUACUGGAAAGUAUGGCAAUGCCACAAAAAGAAGCAUUCCAGCUAUGGCCUAGGGAGGAAAUCGAUGACAAAGUUUUAAACAAAUCUUUUGUUGAAACAUUUUACUCCUAUAUCACCAGCAGAACAAGUUUUCAGGUAUUUGAACAUAAUGGAAACGCUGUAAGUGUUUCCCAAUGUGUAUUUUUGGACCCAGACAUACGUGAAGACGAGGAGAUAGGAGAUACAACAUUCAAAAUACUGGACAAUCACCAUGAUGAAUAUGCCAUUGAUAUGCCGAGAGAUAUUUAUACGUUAUUAAAUGACUCAAAUGGCAGCAUGAUGAAACAAAACACUAUUACGCCAGAACGUUUCCUUGUACGCUAUUUCUUCCCUAAACUCGACUGUUUGUCGUCAGAAAUCACCAACGCGGAAAGGAAUAGUAUACUUCGUUAUGCUAUUAAUCAAAACAUAGAAUCCGUUAAUAGCUGGCUCAUGAAAAAUAAAUGUAUUCCCUCUGAUGAUGGCAGCUUGAAAAAAACAACUGAAAUUGUUGAUCCUAGGUCAAAGCUAGCAAAAUUAGUUCGUCAUGCAGAAGGAUAUUUUCCUGAAACUGAAUUUGUAGACCAAGAUCAAAGUCUUUAUGAGAAAUUGAGAGCACUUGGUAUGCGAACUGAAGAACUGUCAGACGACAUGGUCUUGAAUAUAGUAAGAACGAUUACAACCGAGGAAAGAACAUGUAUUGAUUGUGCCGCCGAUCGGUCUUUGUUUCUUGUGUCUUACCUGUGUGACCAAACUGAACUGCACGAGAAACUUUUUAAUGAACUUAAAGAAUGGCCAUUCCUGCCAGUUAUGUUGAAACCAAAAGAUUGGCCUUUCAUGUGGCAUGCAGAUAAUUUGAUGUUCCAGUCCAAACGACUUCCACUUAGGAAAGGAUGCAACGACCAUAAAGCAUUGGAAACAUAUCUUGGUUUAGAACGACCUGGUAGUCUGUACACCUGUGAAUUCAUUGAACUUGUUGCCUGCCAUCGUUUAAUUGUUGACAAAAACUUUUGUGACAAAUUGCAGUUGCCUGAGAAAAAACUUGAAACAUUGUUUUGUAGACUAGGAGUGCAUGGAAUAAUUUGCAAGGAACAGCACGUGCAUGAAGUUGUCAGUCAGCUUACAGCUAUUACGGAAUAUAACAGUGACAUACCUAGAGAUAUAGAUAUGAAGCAUGCUACGGAACGGAUUUGCGAGAAAGUGUAUGACUUUUUAGAGGAAUUCAGUAACUCCGAUCAAGUGAAAGAUUUUCAAGACAAGGCAGUAAUAUGGGUAAGAGAUACAUUUGUUUCUCCUCAAAACGUGUCAGAUGACAAUGCGCUUGUUGGUUGCCAGCCGUAUCUGUAUAACGCGAAAGAGUCCUCAAUUUCACGAUGUCCGAAACUUUGUCUUUCUCUGCAAAUUCUUGAAAAACUUAAUGCAAGAGAUGCCGCGGAAAUUCUACAAAGGAUUGCAGUUGGUAAGAAAAAUACGCCCUGUAAUGAAACACAAAUACAUGCUUAUGUGAAUUUAUUACACUUUUUACAUAAAUGUCUAGAAAAAGAACAAAUGAAAGACUUAAAUAUCAUUCUGUCUAAAGAAGGACCAGUGAGUGCAAUUUAUGUUCCUGACGAAAAUUGCAUUCUAAGAGAUUGUUCAACAUUAUGUUUAAACGAUUCAGACGAUGUUGAAAGAACAGCUACAAUGAUUUAUGUACAUGAACUUGUACCACUACAUUUAGCAAAAUCAUUGAACAUCAAGGGUAAAAAACUUCAACGGCUUGAAGAAACAACUGAGGACGUUGAAGACUUCUAUCAAAUCGAACCAUUAUGUUCAAGACUUCGACGGCUAGUUGACGGGUUUUCGUUUGACACGGGAAUAUUCAAGGAAUUGCUACAAAAUGCCGACGAUGCAAAAGCAACCGAAAUCGUCUUCAUUAAAGACUCCACUUCAUAUUCAACUGAUGAUAUACCUGUCGAAACGUUCAAGCCUUUACAGGGGCCGGCUUUAUGUGUUUACAACAACAGCGCGUUUUCCAAAGAAGACUUAAGGGGAAUAACUCAACUUGGUAAAGGAAGCAAAGCUAAUGAUCCGUCAAAAACAGGUAAAUAUGGAGUCGGGUUUAAUGCAGUUUAUCAUAUUACCGAUGCUCCAUCAUUUUAUACUGCCGGAGAGGAACUUGAAAACGGCGAAACCCUGUGUAUAUUUGAUCCUCUUGCCCGUUUUGUCCCGCGGGUUUCAGAGCACAAGCCUGGAAAGCGGUUUAAGAAUGUACAAUGGCUCCGAGAAAACCAUGCGGAUGUUCUGAAAGGCUACCAUGAAAAAAGAUUUCCAAACCUUAGAGAGAAGGGAACUAUGUUUAGGUUUCCUUUAAGAACUGAACCAUCGGACAUUAAAGAUGACGUUGUCGAUUUGUCGGAACUGUCUAAUAUUCUGAAAAUAUUCUGUGAGGAAUUGAGAUACUCGAUGAUAUUCCUGAAAUAUCUGGAAACAGUAAAAAUAUAUUCGUUUGACAGUGGUGAAUACACAGAAGAGUACACAAUUGAAACCAAAUUGUCUGACACAGAUUUGUGCAAACGAAGUCAAUUUGCAACUAGCCAGUCUACGAUGUGUAGAGACUUUCGAGAUCGAAGAGGAGAAGUGUUUAAUACUAGACAAGAAUCAGUAAACUACAGGAUUAUAUUAAGGGAAACAUUGGUUGAUAGAUGCAUCUCCUCUUCCUACCAUGUAAUUCAAACUAUUGGCUUUGAUAGAGCUAUUGAAAUACCUCAACUAGUAAGAGUGGCAUUUGACAAAGGGGAUAUAGGCCUGCUGCCUCAAGGAGGAAUUGCAGUCUGUGAAAAGAAAGCGAAGAGAGAAACGUUUGGAAAGGCGUUUUGUUUACUGCCGCUCCCAGUUGAUACUGGUUUGCCAGUACAUGUAAAUGGACACUUUACUCUUGACCACGAAACAAGGAGAUCGUUAUGGAAGUCUGAUCAUAUAGAUAGUUGUUACCGGACACAGUGGAACUUAACUGUUUUGAAUCAUGUUAUUGCAAGAUCGUAUAUCAUUUAUCUGCAAAUACUUCACUCUGUAUUGUUUGAGUCUUUCUCAGAUGAAUACUUCCCGCACACGUUUGUAAAAUCUACUCUGGACUGUUUCUUUUCUCAUUUUCCUUUAUCUGAAUGUGCGUCCGAUAUUUACUGGAAAGAACUCACAAAGAACGUCUACAGUCGCAUAUCAACAGAACAUUUGCCUUUCAUGCCAGCUUUGCAAGAAAACUUAGCAGCAAAUCUGAAAGGCCAUUCACCAGAAUUCAGGCUUUCUUGGAUUCCAGUUUCUUCAGAAGAUGACGAUCAAUAUACGGUUUACCACAGUUGCGAAACUCAUGCAAUUAGCGACAAACCGUCCUUUAACAAUAUUCUAAGGUCGGUUGGAAUGAAAAUUGCCAGUGUCCCAAAAAAGAUCAGAGAUUCAUUUGAAAACUGUGGAUUGAAAAUUGACACUUUAUCUCCGGAGCAUGUUAUUGACUACUUAAGUACUUUUGACAAAAAAGAAGAUGGAAAGCCUUAUGUAUUCUUAAAUCUUCAUGUUAGUCAAACAGGCUUUCAAAAUGAGAGUAAUUUGCGAAAGGUGUUUGAGUACUGUGUGACGGAUAACAAAAAAUUCUUUGAAAAGUUACAAGACCUGCCCAUUAUUCUCACGCAAGAUGGAAUACUGAGAAGACUGAGUGCAUCCAGUACAGUAUUUGUUACUGAGUUUACAGAUUUUUUUCGAGGAAGACAUGACCAAUUUAUACACAAAUUGUUGGCACAUUGUUUACUCAAAGUUUCUCAGAAAAAGAAGAAGAAAAAACGUGAAUACUUUACAGAGAUGUCAGGCGGGCUCAUGAAGCGGUUUACAGUUGCUGAAUUUAUGACUUUAACUGGGUCUGAAGGUUUGUUUGGAAUGCAUGAACAGAUAAAUGAUCCGUGGAAUCAGAAAUAUCCAUCAAAGGCACUGAUCAGAAUCUUCUGGGACUUCUUCAAAGAGCAGUUGCCUGAUUGCAGUCGAAAAGAAGUUAGUAAAUGUUUAGACGUCAUCAAUUCAUUACAUUUGAUUCCAUCCAAAGAACCAACUUCUGACAAGAGGUUACUGCUCACAGCGUUAGACAUCGAUACCUUAAUCGAUUUAGACAGUUUUCAGAGAGGUACAAAGCUUUAUGAGGUGAUUAAACUGUUUGGAUUUACUGAAUUAGAUAAGUCCAUAUUUGACCGUGAUCAGCAAGUCAGAAGGAAUGAUUUAUCAUUGGAUGUCGCCAGAACCGAAAAUGUGGACCAUGAUCAACAGAUUGAUACAAAUAUUGAAGCCUUUAGUGUCCUCACUAUUUCGCCAUAUAAACUUCUUCUAGAACAAAUACCAAAGUUUGAAGAACCAGAAAAAUGCAUACGGUGUUUAGUUAGGAACAUUAAUAAAGUUAAACGUGCUCCUUUGGACGUUGCAAAAGCUGACUUACUAUUGAAAUACUUUUCUGAUCGCGCCAAUUUACUACAGAACAAAGAUUGUGUGGAAGUCCUGAAAAAGGUCCCAGUUUUUGUCACACAUUCCGGCGAUAUAACACCAAUAGACAGUUUUGAUCGUAUAGUUGUAGUACCAAAAGGACUACCCAGAUCAGGACUUCGUUUGAUUACUGAAGUCUCAAAUGCAGUUUUACUGCGGGAUUUGGAUGUGGAAGAUCUGUUCAAAAUUCUUGAUAUCGACUACAUUUCGGUAGAUAAGGUAUAUACUGAAUUGAUAUUUCCGAAUCAACACCAUUUAACAAGGGAUCAGUUUUAUGAUCAUGUCGACUACCUUUGUAGAUAUGUAUUGGUAGAACAGACAACAGAAAAUGAAAACAUUUUAUUUGCAAUGAAAGAACUGCAGUUUAUAGAAACAGAGGCAAAUAUCCGUGUUCGCGUGAAAGAUACAUUUUACGAUCGUCCUCGUGUUAGGAAUUUUUUUAAAAUGUUCUGUAAGGAACAUGAAAUGUUGCCAAAGGUUUACCACAAGUCGCACAUCACUGAUGUAUUUGAACGCCUGGGCCUACAGUGCGAUAUGAAUAUAAAGUUGUUCGAAAGAUUUGCCAAUGAGAUAGCAACUGAUAGAAGUUUAUCCAGCAUACAUGUCCAACGAAAAUCAGAAUUACUGGUAGAUAAACUAUUUAAAAUGGGAGCAUACUUUUACCAGCGAAACGACUUCAUGGGGUUUUCGUUUAUUCCAUUUAUAAUGCCAGAUGCCUUAAAAGAAGGUUUGUCUGUAAUACAUAAACCGUUUAAUAGCUCGCAGCGCUUUUGUUUCGCUGGUUCCGUUCGGGAUCAAAAAGACAUUACAUAUACAUGUUGGACGACAGCAAAUAUAUUGCCAGUAUGGGCUGAUCCAGUAAGAAACAAUGCAGAUGUAUUUAUGCAGAAACUUGGCAUUUGUUCGCAUCCGGACAUUAGUCUUGUGGUAAAUCAUUGUGAGCAGAUUGGAAGGAAACUGAAUGAGAAUUUGUCAAUAAUGGUGGGUUAUCGUGAGCUGAUAACUAAAGUUAUGGAAAACAUAUACAAAGCUAUCAGCGAAUCAGCCACUAGACAAGACCAGGCCAGCACUCUCAAGGAUGUUCCAAUCAUUUACUUUCCCCAAAGAGACACAUUAAAAGUGGCUUCGUCAGUCGUGAUAGGUUGUUCCGCGGACGAAGAAGUAAUACCUUAUUUGCAAAAGUCACCUACACAGUAUGGCCAGUUUGAAAAUUUGUUUGUGCAAUUGGGAGCUGAAAGGGAACCAGAUAUUUGCAUGUAUGUAUCUGUCAUACAAACAAUCAAACGUGAGCUUGAAGGUCAGGAAACGUCUUCAACACAGAGAGAAGCUGUAUUAAAAGCUAUGCUCAAUAUUUUCAUGCAGGUAAGGAAACAGACAUCACAGAUACCACUGAAGUUAGACUCACUUUAUCUUCUCAGUGAUGAAAAUGUGUUGACUGAAGCUAGAGAUCUAGUGAUUGAUAACAACAGAUACAUGCACAAUCGGCUGAAACGAGGCAUCAAGCUGAAGUGUAUGACUAACCUUGAGGAAUUUUCCUUAAACAGAUUAAGGAUGGAUGAAAUUAUAGAUUGUCUUAGGAAAAUAGAAAAAACUUCUCGUCCGUCGUUACUAACGGAAAUCGUGAAAGAAGAAGUGGAUAUGUCACUUGUUUCCCAGAUAGAGAGUGAUCUAGCAGAAGAUGUUGAGCACUUCAUUCACAAUCAACUGUUUGUUACAAGUGUAUGCAGGCUUGCACGGCAUGGAAUAAGAAACAAACUACAACAGCAAUGGAGCGUUGAAAAAGAAAAAGACGUAUCUUCCUGGAUUUUGAAAAUAAGAUUGAAACAUGUUAAAGGUAUUCGUACAAAUCUUCUUUUGAAUAACGAAGUCAUUGAAAAUACAUGUGAGGCAAAGAAAGUCCAUAUUCAAACCGAAGGUAAUAAAACUCUUGUUUACUUUGAUAUCACUGGCAACAGCAAUUGGUACACUGAAGUCACAAAUUGCCUUAUUUUAAAACUGAAAGAAGUCCAUGGUUGUUUGGUAGAUGAACUUUUAUUCACUGCUCAAAAGGUAUUCAUGUGCAAAAACCCUGAGUCGUGUGAAGAAAUUCUCGACAGAGAUGGAAUUGAAGCCUAUAAGAGUGCGUCUGUAACGGCUGUCAAUAAUCAGAAUGACGAAGAAGCUGAAGGAGCUGAACGGGAGCCAGCCCACUGCUAUUCAGAGGCUGAAAGAUGGCAAAGACAAGCAAACCGUGAUCUAGAUUAUGCGCAUGAAUCAUUAACGGUACUUACAUGUGGAACCUACAACUGGGUGUGCUAUCAGGCUCAUCAGGCAGCAGAGAAAUCUCUAAAAGCAGCAUGGUUUGCAAAAGAUGCCAACAAAAUCGAAGCUAUUAGAGAGAGUCACUGUUUAGUAUCCAUUGCUCAAGGUAAAUAUUAGAGAAAGUGACUGUAA